AAUCCGUCAUUACUCAUUACUGUCAAAAGUAUCAAAAAUGGCGGCGGACGGUGACGAAGUGAUUAGUGAUCAAGAAAAAGUGAGAAUUGUCUCGGAUUUCAUUUUACAUUCACCACCAGGAGAGUUUAACGAGGUGUUUAAUGAUGUAAGAGUUCUACUCAACAAUGACACCCUCCUUAAGGAGGGCGCAAGCGGGGCCUUCGCGCAAUACAACAAGGACCAACUCACGCCCGUGUGUCUCGAAGGGUCGAAGUUACACACACUCAUCACUGACUACAAUGAGCUCGGCGGAGGCAGGUUUUUCGACCCUCGUUCCAAGCGCUCGUUCAAAUAUGACCAUCUUCGCAAGGAAGCAUCAGAGUACGAACCGUACGAGCCGGAGCAAGGGGAGUCGUGGCGCGCGGCGCUCGACGAGGAGCUGACUGCGUACGUCGGGGCGCACUACAAACACGGCGCCAGUCUGGUGGUGGGUCGCGCGAUGGAGUCAGGCGUCGUGCAGUUGGUGGCGUGCAUCGAGGACCAUCAGUUCCAGCCGAAGAACUACUGGAACGGGCGAUGGCGCUCGGUGUGGUCGCUGACAGUGGGCGGCGGCGCGGCCGAGCUGCGUGGCACGCUGCGGGUACAGGUGCACUAUUACGAAGACGGCAACGUCCAGCUGGUGAGCUCGAAGGAGGUGCGCGUCCCGUUCGCGGCGGCGGGCGAAGCGGCCACCGCUAAGGAGUUCGUGCGGCAGGUGCGCGAGGCGGAGAACACGUACCAGACUGCCAUCUCGGACAACUACAAGACCAUGAGCGACACUACGUUCAAGGCGCUGCGGCGACAGCUCCCGGUGACGAGGAGCAAGAUCGACUGGGCGCGGCUCGUCUCUUACACCAUCGGGAAGGAGCUCAAGAGCCAAUGAUGUCCCGCCGCUGCGCUCUGAGCCGCAGCGGCCGCUCCAUGCCUCUGUAUAUAUAUUCGCGUAAGAGUAAAACUUUGUUCAAAUGUUUAUGGGCGUCAGAAGCGUGCCCCGCGCUUCGGGCGCGUAUUUAUCUAUGAAUAUAUAGAGAAAUGGCUAUUGUAACUGUUAAAUUGAAUUGCAUUUUGUUACUGUCAGAGGGGUAUGUAUAAUUGUGUAGCGGGGUGCAACGCGGCUGUCUCGUGGCACGGGGGGUGCGUCGGUUCAACGAGUUUUGUCCAUUUUAAUUGUUAGCUACAAGUACAUUAUAUUGCAUGACAUUGUACUUAGGUGUGGACCCGUUUAGACUCUUCUCUAGGUCUAGUGUUCUGCGACACCGAGUCGUAAAUGAUUUGUGAUUAAUUUAUUUGCUUUUUAUGAAUGAUUGUUGUGUGAGCAAUAUGGUUGAACCGUAGCUUAAGCUUUUUCUAAAUAAUUUCAGAAAGCAUGUCAAUUACAACAAAUGAUAAUACAUGAAAAUCUGAAGCUACGCAGAUGUUUAAUUAAUUUAUCUCGCAUGAACACAGAGUUAUUCCAUCCAUUUCAAUAUUUAUUUAAUCAGUAUUAUGAAUAUUGCUUGCAUAACAGUGGUCAGCAACGAUCGGAACAGAAAGGCGUAAGCAAAGUUCUGUAAUGGUGCAUUUAACUGUAGUUAAUUAAAAUUGUCCACAUAGCUUUAAACGCGGCUUGUGUGAGCAUAGAGCAAAAUAUAUACUUUCAAUUUACGAAUGAGGAAAAUGCAUUGCUCUAGUGUACCUACCAUAAAAAUAGGAAUGAAGGAUGUUGACAUUAUUGUCCACAAUGUGAAUUUGAAUGAAGGCAUAAACAUUUCUUUUUUAUACCUAUAUAUAAAGCGUACUACAAUAAUUUUGUAAUUAUUAUUCAAUUAUUUUAAUAAAGAACAUAAAUGGAUCUAAACACCCAUAUUCUGUAAUGUACGAUUGAAUUCAUUUGAAUAAAAAUAUAUAUUAAAAUGUUGCUAA